CUUAGAAAAUAUGCAUUUUCGGGUGUGCAUGAUAUUGUGGUUAUUGUAGGAUACUAGUUAUAUUAGCCCUAUCCCUCUAGUGACUUUAAAAGCAUUUCAUUCUUUUCAUUUCCUUCUCACACAACAAUUGCAAAAUGCCCAUGGAAAACUGUCCUCUAGCCACUGACAGCUUUUCAUACAGUUGGCUAACAAACAGAAAACCUUCUGUAGAUGGCCUUGAUGAGGAACCCCUCAGACCAUCCCCAGACAGUUCCAAUGAAGCCACUAAGGAUAUGAAGUAUGAGAUCGUAAAAUCGAGAAGAUUCUUUGAAGAAGAUCAGAAUUUCAAUUUUGAUACUCCUGUCUUUAAAUCUCCGGUUACUCUUGUUCAUGCUGAUGAAAUUUUCUCUGAUGGACAUAUCAUGCCAGUCUAUGAUAAUCGAUCCAAGAUAGAGGCCUUCAAUACCUCAAACUCUGAUACUGCCAUACCAUUAUCUUCUCUUUCUUGCAGAGCUGUAUGUCCAGUUGAUAGGAUUCAUUGUCAUUUCCUCAGGAAAUGGAGGAAAUCAUCAAAGAGAAUAUUUAUGAAGUGUUUUGGAUUUCUCAGACCUUGGUGCCUGGGGGUUGGAUGCUCCAGAAAAAGUAUUAGAGUUGAUGAUAUUGAUGGGAAAGUGUUGGAAGUUCACAGCUGGGGCAAUUCACUCCAUGAAUCUCCACAAACACAAAGAAGUACAGCUUGUGAUUGGUCUCACACCAAGCACAUAAGCAAUAAAGUUGAUAGAUAUUGGAGACUGAAGAAGACUAAGAGGUGGAACAAUUCUCCACAAUCAUCUCCACCACGAAAUCCUUCUUAUUCUGCAGAUGGUUGGUGUGAUACUGAAAGAUCAAUUUAUGAGGCAGUUCUUCACUGCAAAAGAUCAAUUGAAGAAAAGGAAAUGGCAGAAGAAGAAAGUGAUGCAGAGCCUUAAGGAAUGCAUGGCAAGGGAUUGAGUGAUGCUUUAAUAGAACAUGUUCUUUUUCCCAUUCUCUCCCCUUUUCCCUCUUGGUUGUAUGUGCAAUUUUUGUCUUUUAAAGGAACAACAGUUUCAUUAUAUCUCAGCUUGGAAAUUCUCAU